AUGCCCACCUUCGCCACACACACUUCACCUUCGCUGCCGUACCAUAAUACUAAUUAUCAUCAUCAGCAUCAUCAUUACCAAUAUCAGCAGCAACCACAACCGCAACAGGCAAAUAAUCCACUCCCAUGGGGAGGUGACCAUCAGAAUAUAAUGCUUCAAGUAGGACUACAGUAUGGACAAAGUAUGCUUCAAGGAGGGGAACAGAGUUUAACACGUCAUUUACCUCUUAUAUCAGGUAUUAAACGCUACUUUCGCGUAGAUAAUCAGUAUGUAAAAAAAAAACUUUCUAUUCUGUUAUUUCCAUUUACUCGAAAAUUUUAUGUCUCACAGCGAACUCCUGGUCCUGAGCAAGAUAUUAGUGGAAUUCCUUCUUCCUUUGGGGGUGAUACAACGGUGUUCUCACCCGUUACUAAUCGAUCACCAACUUCUAUGACAGGUGGCUCGUACCCAUCAUCUUCACCUACAAGUGAUGAAUAUGCAUUUGACUUGUAUCUACCUCUUAUGGGGUCCGUCACCUACGUUAUUCUUUCAGGUUUCCUACAUGGACUUCAUCACAAUAACGUAACGAAUGAACACCUAAUAUCUUUUGCUUCAUCACUGCUAUUCUGGAUUAUUCUAGAGCUUCUUGUAUUGAAAGUAUUAAGUUACGUUCUACGACUUGUGCCACAGGUAACUCUCUUGGACUUGUUAGCAUUGUCUGGUUACAAGUAUAUCACUAUUUGCAUUGUUGUGCUCUUGAGAGAACUCAUACAAUUAGAUAGUGAUACCUAUUAUAUUGGUUUUAUGGUAAUGUAUGUAUUGAUAUCCAAUGGUUUCUUUGUUAGUAAGAGUUUGAUGCGGUUGUACCAACGGGAGGGACGAGUUCCAUCUAACACAAGGCUACUAGCAUAUGCUGCUGCGUUGUUUCAGGCCCCACUCGUGUUGUGGUUAGCACUUAAGCCGUUUAGGUAA